AUGACUACUACGACCGUGCAAAAUCAAACUAAAACCAAUAAUGGGGCGCAGGGGAAGCAGCCAAAAACUUACGGGAAGAUAGUUCUCACUUUACAUAACUGUUUAUUGCCUGAGACUGCGUUCAAGGAAACUCCUUCCCAGACCGAUGGCCUGGAUUUUGAAACAGAGACGGAUCUGCGUAUCCUCGGGUGUGAGAUGAUACAAACGGCGGGUAUAUUACUUAAACUACCUCAAGUAGCUAUGGCUACCGGGCAAAUGUAUUUACAAAGGUUUUACUAUUCAAAAUCUUUCGUUCGUUAUCCCAUGGAAACAACCGCUAUGGGCAGUAUCUACUUAGCGUCCAAGGUCGAAGAAAAACCUUGCAGAAUACGUGAUGUAAUCAAUGUUUUUCAUCAUAUCAAACAAGUUAGAGCUCAAAGGACGAUAUCGCCAUUAAUAGUCGAUCAAAAUUAUAUUGAACUCAAGAAUCAAGUUAUUAAAGCGGAGAGGCGCAUUUUGAAGGAGUUAGGGUUCUGUGUUCAUGUGAAGCACCCUCAUAAGCUCAUCGUAGUGUACCUUCAGCUCUUACAGUAUGAAGAAAACAAGCAGCUAAUGCAAAUGGCCUGGAAUUAUAUGAAUGAUGCACUCCGGACAGAUGUCUUCAUGAGGUUUCCACCUGAAACUAUUGCCUGUGCCUGUAUAUAUUUGACGGCUCGGAAAAUUGGAUUACCUUUACCGAAUAACCCACACUGGUUCCAGCUAUUCAAAGUUACUGAAGAUGACAUUAGAAAUGUGUGUAUAAGAAUCCUUCAAUUAUAUAAACGACCAAAAGUUAACCCCGAAGAAUUGGAAUCUAAAGUGGAUGCAUUGAGAAAGGUUUAUCAAGCAAACAAACACAUACAAGCACAAAAGGAGAGAGAUGCAAAGAUUGAAGAGAAGAAAGCGACUUCACCGACGGCUUCUACAUCUAAAGAGUCAAAAAGAGAUAUUAAGAAAGAUAAAUCACCUAAAACACCACCACUAUCCUCAAAAUAUCACAGCAGCCACAAGAAAAGAGAGAGGAGAUCCAGAUCACCAUAUGAUAGAAAGAGAGAGUACUCCAGCAAGCGACACAAGUCGAGAUCGAGGGACAGAGAUUUAGACAGGUCUCGGGAAAGGCGACUUGACGACAAAAGGAACCGCGGAUCAUCUAGAAAGUAUAAUGAUUAUGACCGAUCGAAAGUAAGAGACAGGGAUGAAAAGAGAAAACAUUAG